CUGGUGCUUGUAAUAUGGGACCAAGACUUAACCUGCAAAUAAGACAGCAGCCGCCAGUGCCAGGCUUGGACAGUGAAGAUGAUUCCUGUAGUUCAGGGCACAGCUGGGGGUCUGGAUUCUAAUCAGAACAGCCAGCAACUCUCCACAAAAGUCUCCUGCCUGUCCACCGAUGGCUCUGAUACCGAGACAACGUCUGCAAUAACAGGAAAACCCAUCCAAGCUGAAUGGGAUUCCUCACUUACCAAGGAAGAGUCUGGAGGGUUUAACUGCUCAGGGGGACAAUCAGAGAGUUCGUCUUACAAGCAACCCUCGGGUCCAUCGGUGGACAGGUUGGAAGUAGGGCCUACCAAGGGGCAGAAGAAGGCAUCGUCAAGCUCACUCAAGGGGAUAGUCAUACCAGAUGAACUGCUGCUGAUGACUUGCAUACCAGAUGAGCUCAAGGCGCUUUGCAAGGCAUUACAGAGGAGAUCAUCGUGGGGUAGACAGCAACAUUGGAGGAUUCUACUGGGGUCCGAGAUUGUUGUCAAAAUGGAUCAAGUCAGGCAGCAAGCUCAUCUCAACUCCCAACUCUGUUACCAAGCCAACGCUGUGCUCAGGAUCCUCAGCAGAUACCGCAGCCUGGGCCUCGUCCAUCUGUUGCCAGGCCAACAAGUGGACGGUUCCCUGUCGGUCAAGCAACAGAUUGACUACAUCCACAAGUUGCGGAUCGCUGUGCCAAAUUCCCAACAGUGCCGUUGUAUUUGGCUCACCGAUCUACCCCUCUCAAAUUCUGACCUGGAUCAGUUCAAAGGCAGGAACAUUAAUGUCUACAAUAUCAAGACCCUGCUGGCCAAACUCCUUCCCGAUGAGCCAGUCCAACAAGCGAGGGAGCCCUUCGUACAUGACCAGUCCCAAGACCCGCCAUCAGCGACCCGUGGUAGAGCAGUUGACAACUUCAGAAGGGAGUAACCGUUCAGAAUCAACAAGUCGAAGAUAUUUAUUUAAUUGACAGGAUCGAUAGAUUGAUCUAUUAAACCUAUUAAACCUGCCCUAUGAUAUCAUGACCAAUAACAGUUGUGAUUAACGUCUGACUAAUGUGAGGCGUUCUAGCAAAAUGAGAUGGAUCUGGGCACAGUCUUGAGUGGAGAAAAAUGAAAGGGAGAAAAUAAGGUGAUUUUGUUUUUGAUUUGAUUUUCAGAUUGAUUUAUGUUUGUUAUCGUUGGUAUGUGUACUUCACAUUUGUUAAAGAAAUAGUAGAAAUCUUUUGUGAAUACACGUGUUUUUAAGGAAAAACAAUUUGCAUCUGUCAUUUUCACGACUACAAAACCUGAAACUUUAAAAACCUUUUGCUCAGAAUUUUACUUUUAUGUAAUGCAAACUUAAAACAGCCACAAGUUGUCAACGGAAUGUCCGAUUGUAGUGCAACAAACAGUAUUGUAAGGAAAAUGCUAUUCUCUUUCCUAAGACCUGCAAACCCUCAUUUUGACCUCUGCCCAGUUCUGUCUCUUUUUGCCAGAACGCCUCACAAAUGUUCAAUAUGCGGCAUUGGAGUGGCGUGGGUGUUGUCUCCUGCGUGCGCUGUGGGCGGCGACCUCACGGAUCAGUUUGUUAAAGAAGUAAUUGACUGGAGCAGAAUUUGAACCAUCAAUGGUGUUUCAAAGUCCCUGGUUCGAAUCCUGCUUCAGUUAGUUACUUAUUUGUUUAAUGCGAGAUGAGUCUAUUUCCAACUGUGUUUGAUAAUUGGCAAGUCUUUGUAAGCGAGGUUGUUUUAGAAGCUUAAAACCCUUAGAGACAUGCUGGAAGAACAUCCUUUAAGAACCGUUGAAGAAAGAGCAAAGUUCUUGACGCCCUGAUCUUUUCACCAACAUCAACUACAAAGAAUUCCAACUAUUUAACCAUUCAUGUGUACAAGGUAUAAACCAGUGAAUAACGUGACCUAGGCCAGUAUGCAAUACUGUCUCGACUGUUUUUUCUCUUAACAUAACAAGCAGGUUUUGUUUGCAAUUUAUCCAAACAUGAAGAGGUUGAUAUUUUCACUCGAUUGGUUCUAGUAUGCACUUUUGUCGAAGCAAUAUGCAAUUUCUACAAAUAUCUAAUGCAAUCUUUCCAUCUUGAGCUGUUUUCAACCGAUAGUAUAUUUUGCUGCCUUUUUUAAACAAAAAAUAUUUUCCUCGCAACCAAUAAUCGCAUCAAUGCUUAUUGUGCUUUAGAUUGUGUAAGGAAACAACCUAUGCACAAAGCAUUGCAGUGGGAAGUCUUCCUGAAAAUGUGUCAGCUUAGCCAGUAGCUAAUGAUUGAUUCUGCACUUCGGUCACUAUUACACAAAUAUAGCAUGGUUUGAGGGGGGAUAGUUGAUAUUAGCUCCCCGAGGUAUUGGAAAUUGACAACUUACCAGUACCGAGGGGAGCUAAUAUGAACUAUCCACCUGAAAUAAACCAUGUUUAUAGUUGUGUUACUAUACCUCAUACAUAUUCAUUAAUAUU